AUGGAUGAUCCAAUCGUGUCGGCUGCAGACCUGUUCCUAUUGGAGGAUUCUCCCCUCUCCCCCGACGCCCAGCGGGAACAGAUUUUUGGUGAAUUCAUGACCCUCGGCGUCGACGGGCAGCAGUCAUACAAAGACCAACAAGAACAGCGUGGUUUUCGGUGGUCGGUUUUGAUGCCCGAGGAGCGAGGGAUACUGGAGCGUGUGCGCCAGCCGGUACCGGAACGUAUCCGUGAGUGGACGCCCUGGCUCCGCACGUGUUAUGAGCCCUCGACGGAGGCUGCAUUCUCCAGGAUAGUAGACAGGUUGGAGUCCCAGUUUGGCGGUCAAAUAAUCAUUCUGAAUAAUCACGCAUUAUACAACUUUGGGCCCGACUGGCACAAAAUCUUCCUGCGCAUCCCGCAGCUCCUGGAGUAUUGGGACUCUGCAGAAGGAUACCAUGAGCGCCUGCAGGAGGCGCUGCGAGCAGAGUCCGACUUCGAUGAAGAACGGGAGGACAAUAUCACAUGGGAGGAUGAGGGUGACUACCUCUACUACUACUGGGCUCUUGUAGUUGGACGGAUCCAUAUCGUGGAUAAGACGACGAUGGCCAGUGAAGGCCGGAAUGCCGGCAAGGUCCGUAUUGUCUGGUUUGAUGCAUUUGGCCGGGCGGUGCGUUCAUACCGUGCGGAGCUGGGCUACGCAGCGGACAUUACAGCUGUGGACAAUCCCAUGCUGGAUGAACAUUCGUGCUGGGUCCACGGACCGAGAUCUUUGAAGCCGGGAUUUUGGCCCUUUCGAAUAUGCUGUCACUAUCAUGCGACAGCUCGUUGGCUUAAAAGAGCUCAAAAAUCUAAGUAUCUGUCCCUAGUCGCUCGGAGCGACAUCCUUGUACCAAUUUCAGACACCUUUGAGCACCUGCUUGAUCGCCCUUCUGUUCAUAACAUUCUCUGA